GUCAUCUUACGUGCACAGGCUACGUGUCUUCAUAUUAGAAAGUCACCGUGCCAGCAAGGCGGCCACAGCAAAAAAAUUGCUCCACUGAUUUUACGUUUUCACCCCUGCACUUAACGUUAAAUUGCCAUCUUCCCCAACCAGCAUAAAAAGGGGCAAAUCCCGCAGAGGCCACAGUAUCUGCUUUUCACACCUUCAUUUAAAAAUUAUAUUCCGAUAACAACCCGAAAAAAGAAAUCGCCGAUGAGAUAUCAAUCGCCUACCAGCGCCAUGUCAUCCUUCAAAGUCGUGCUGAUAUCCACCAGCGUUUUAUCCGCGGCGAUCGCGCUGAAAGUCUCGGCUCCGGCCAUCGCGGAUCUCGCCGAGUGCCUGCCGUCGCUCUACAACGGCGUCGUUUCGUGGCUGAGGCCGCCAUACCUAUACCUCGUCAUCAAUUUCAUCAUCAUCACCAUCGUCGCCUCCUCCAAGCUCCAGUCGGGGAAAGACGACGGUGCGCCGCCGUCGGACGAUGCGAGCGCCGUGGCUCAGCCGCAGCCGCAGCCAGUGGCCGCCAAAAGUGUUCCGGCGGACUAUAUGACGGAGGAGUACAAAUACGACGGCGGAACGCCGAGCGAAUCGAGCGGUUACAAGGUGGAGCAGGGGAAAGGAUCGGAGCUCGAACCGCUCGAUAGCGCGGAUGCGAGCGGCGGACUGCCGCCGUCAUCGGCCGAUGGCGAUGAGUCUUCUAGGGACGCGUUGAGCAACAAGGAGAACGAGUUCGUGAUCGCGAAGUCCACGUGGGGAGUCAUUCCCGAGAACAGAGGCUCGUCGGAAAAUUCUCCAUCGAAGCCACCGGUUUCUGCGAGGUUCGGCCACCGGAGAAGUGUUAAAGCCAGCCCCGAAGGCGUGAAGACGGUGUUGGGUGUGUCUCGGCCCAAAAGGCAGGACACGCUGGAGAGCACGUGGCGGACAAUAACCGAGGGGCGGCCCAUCCCCAUAACCCGACACCUCAAGAAAUCCGACACUUGGGAGCGCGACAACCGGCUGCAGGAGAAGACUCCACCGCCAAAGACGAUGAAGAAAGCCGAGACCUUCACUGACCGGACCAACAGUCGUCGGAGCCCGUCCUCCGGCAAGCUCCGGAGAGAGGCUUCCCCGAGUCAGGAUGAGCUGAACCGGCGAGUCGAGGCUUUCAUCAAGAAGUUCAAUGAGGAUAUGAGGCUGCAGAGACAAGAAUCGCUCAACCAGUACAUGGAGAUGGUCAACCGUGAGGCCCACUAGAGUGGGAUUUUUUUUUGAAGCAAAUGGGUUUUUGAAUUUUGGUGUUAUUUUAUGGUGUAGGAAAAAGUGAGCUCGAUAGAUAUGAAACUGGAUUACGGAAAAAUAGGGAAAUUCUCUCUUCUCUAUAGAGUGUUCAAAUGUUUUUUCUUGCAAAUUCUUGGUUCAUCUUGUCUCUAUUUGUUCNAAAAAAAAAAU